UUUUUUUUUUGAUUAGCUUCAGCUCAGCAAAAAUGAAACACCAGCCCCUCCUGCUUCUUGUUUCUCUCACGAUAACAUCUGUGUGUGGCGGGAGCAGAGGCCCCGUGGAUCAGAACAGUCAAAACCAGAGCGUGCCCCUGCUGCCAGCUGACUUCCACAAGGAAAACACAGUCACCAAUGACUGGAUUCCAGAGGGGGAGGAGGACGACGACUACCUGGACCUGGAGAAGAUACUCGGGGAGGAUGAUAGCUACAUAGACAUCAUCGACGUGGUUUCCCCGACAGAUGUGGAAGCCAGCGAAGGCAACAUCCUGCAGCUGUUCCAAGGCAAGAGUAGAAUCCAGCGUCUCAACAUCCUCAACGCCAAGUUUGCCUUCCAGCUGUACCGAACGCUCAAUGAGCAGGCCCAUGCCUCUGAAAACAUCCUCCUAGCACCUGUGGGCAUCUCUACAGCCAUGGGGAUGAUUUCCUUAGGUCUCAGAGGGGAGACCCAUGAACAGGUGCAUUCAGCUUUGCACUUUCGAGACUUCGUGAAUGCCAGCAGCAAGUAUGAGGUCCUGACCAUUCAUAAUCUCUUUCAUAAGCUGACCCAUCGCCUCUUCAGAAGGAACUUUGGGUACACGCUGCGGUCAGUCAAUGACCUCUAUGUCCAGAGGCAGUUUCCCAUCCGGGAGGACUUUCAGGCUAAAGUAAGAGAGUACUAUUUUGCUGAGGCCCAGGCGGCUGACUUCUCCGACCCCGCCUUCAUAGCGAAAGCCAACAACCACAUCCAGAAGGUCACCAAGGGCCUCAUCAAAGGAGCGCUGGACAACAUACACCCUGCUACUCAGAUGAUGAUCCUGAACUGCAUCUACUUCAAAGGAACCUGGGUGAAUAAGUUCCCAGUGGAAAUGACAUUCAACCAUAACUUCCGGCUGAAUGAGCGGGAAGUGGUCAAGGUUUCCAUGAUGCAGACUAAGGGUAACUUCCUUGCAGCAAGUGACCAGGAGCUGGACUGUGAAGUCCUCCAGCUAGAGUAUGUGGGGGGCAUCAGCAUGCUAAUUGUGGUCCCACACAAGCUGUCCGGCAUGAAGAACCUUGAAGCACAGCUGACACCCCAGGUGGUGGAAAGAUGGCAAAAAAGCAUGACAAACAGAACCCGAAUGGUGCUCCUGCCUAAAUUCAAGCUGGAGAAGAACUACAACUUGGUGGAGGCCCUGAAGUCAAUGGGGAUCACAGAGCUGUUCGACAAAAAUGGCAACAUGUCAGGAAUCUCAGACCAAAGUAUCACCAUUGAUCUGUUCAAGCACCAAGGCACCAUCACAGUGAACGAAGAAGGAACCCAGGCGGCAGCUGUGACCACGGUGGGCUUCAUGCCACUGUCCACCCAGGUCCGCUUCACUGUCGACCGUCCUUUUCUGUUCCUGGUCUACGAGCACCGCACCAGCUGCCUGCUCUUCAUGGGGAGAGUGGCCAACCCUGUCAGGUCUUAA